AUGUUGAUCCGCCUUGUGGACGUGGAGCAUCUCAGCAUUGGCAUCAGCUCUGCAAACCGGUACCAAAAAGACAUGUCGCAGAGCGUGGGCCUGUAUUUGAACCUCCUGCCGCUCCGUUUCACGCCUCAGAUGGACGACACUUUUACCAAUAUUUUGCACAUUGUCCGGGAAAAGUCACUGAACGCUUUCGCUCAUUCCAAGGUCCCGUUCGAUGUCAUCGUGAACGAGCUUGGAGUUCCUCGAUCUGCUUCCCACAGCCCCCUUUCCAGUUACGAGAGUACGGCCACUGCGUUCGAACAAGGCCAAGCUCCGUAUGACGUGAGUUUGGAUAUUAUUGAUAAUCCUGAUGGAGAGUGCCAUGUCAUCAUUGCCGGUCAAUCAGUUCUGUAUGAUGCACAACACGUGGAUGUUCUGGGCCGCGUUUAUCGGAAUCUUCUCACUGUAUUUGCUCGCAAUCCCGCACUACGGUUUGACGGACCGGCAUUGGACGAAGCCGAGGAAGUGAAAUGUCCCGUAUACAAGUACAAAUGGCCAGAAACAAUACCCGAACGUGUUGACAUUAUGGUGCAGCGCUAUGGCACGCAUGUGGCUCUUAUUGAUGGUAACGGGCGGAAGACGACCUACACGCAGAUGGAUCAGAGAGUGAAUUCCCUUGCCAUGGCUCUUUUGAAGCGGGGCGCUGGUCCCGGAAGCAGGAUCGGCGUUUUCAUGGAGCCAAGAUCCGACUGGAUAUGUUCUCUCCUUGCAAUCUUGCGUCUCUAUGCGAUAUACAUUCCCUUGGACAGUCGUAUGGGACUGGUACGCCUCGCGACGAUUGCGCAAGACUGCAAGCCUGAUUUGGUGCUGGUGAACAAUAUCAGUGCGUCGGAUAUUGCGUCCCUCAAAACUCCUGGCUCCAGUGUGAAUGUCGACCAAAUUUUCUCCCGCUCUGACGACCCCAAAGUACCAAACGCCGCCCGUCCCAGCUCCACGGCGGUGAUUAUGUAUACCAGUGGCUCUACUGGAGUCCCCAAAGGGAUCCUCAUGCAGCAUCAAACAUUCCGAAAUAUUAUUGAAACCUCCACAGACAAAUGGGAUUUCCGCGACGGAAGUGAAAUCGCAUUGCAGCAAAGCUCCUACAGUUUCGACAUGUCUCUAUCUCAGACCUUCCUGGCUUUGUCAAACGGUGGUACUUUGCGAAUUGUCCCAAAACAGCUACGUGGCGACCCACAGGCCAUAUCCCCUCUGAUCGCUACUGAGGGAAUCACCUUUACGAAAGCUACUCCGUCGGAGUACAUCAGCUGGCUUCGUUAUGGUGACACGGACGGCCUGCGACAUUCAAGCCGGCGUGUCGCCGUCAGUGGAGGGGAAGCGGUGACUGAUACCUUGAUUCUAGCCUUCCGACAGCUGGAGAAAUCAGAUUUGGAAUUGAUCGAUUGCUAUGGCCCCACAGAGAUCACAUUCUGUUCCCACAGGCAGAAGAGUCAGCUAUGA